UUUCCAUGCUAAACUGAACUCUCCUGUUCAUUGGACACUUGCAUGUUGCUGCCAGUGGGGCUAUGAAAGGCUUAUAGGGGGAAGCUGCUUGAUCUUUCUUUCUUGUUGUGUCUGCCUGUCUUUCUGGACUGCUACAAUCUAUAUCACAAGACUAAUGGCUGACCACGUGCUUGUGAUUGGCAGUGGAGGCAGAGAACAUGUGCUGGCUUGGAAACUGGCACAGUCGCCGCAUGUGAAACAUGUAUUGGUGGCUCCAGGAAAUGCUGGAACAGCUAAUAAUGGGAAAAUCUCCAAUGCAGCUAUCUCAGUCAACGAUCAUGCUGCUCUUGCCAAGUACUGCAAAGAUCAGAAGAUUGGACUUGUGGUAGUUGGUCCAGAAGUUCCUCUUGCCGCUGGAAUUGUUGAUGACUUAACAGCUGCUGGCCUGAGAUGCUUUGGUCCUACAGCAAAGGCAGCUCAACUGGAGUCCAGCAAGAGUUUUUCUAAAGCCUUUCUGGAUCGUCAUGGCAUCCCAACUGCAAGAUGGAAAGCUUUCACCAAUGCAGAGGAAGCUUGUGCAUUUAUUACCAGUGUGGCAUUCCCUGCCCUGGUUGUAAAGGCAAGUGGCCUGGCUGCUGGAAAAGGUGUGAUUGUGGCCACUAACAAAGAAGAGGCGUGCAAAGCUGUGCACGAAAUAAUGCAAGAUAAAACGUUUGGAACUGCUGGAGAAAUUGUUGUUGUUGAGGAACUUCUUGAAGGUGAAGAGAUUUCUUGCUUAUGCUUCACGGAUGGAAUCACUGUUGCCCCAAUGCCACCUGCCCAGGAUCACAAACGGUUAAUGGAUGGUGAUCAGGGUCCAAACACUGGUGGGAUGGGAGCAUAUUCACCAGCGCCUCAGCUCUCCAAGGAUCUGCUUUUGAAAAUCAGAGAUUCAGUUCUCCAGAAAACCGUUGAUGGUAUGCAAAAAGAGGGUAUCCCUUAUAUUGGGGUGCUGUAUGCUGGAUUAAUGUUGACCAAAGAUGGACCUAAAGUUUUAGAGUUCAACUGUAGAUUUGGUGAUCCCGAAUGUCAGGUCAUUCUUCCGUUACUUAAAAGUGACCUUUAUGAAGUUCUACAGGCAACCAUUGAUAAAAAGCUAUCUGACCACAUGCCCGUUUGGUUUGAAGACUGUUCCGCUGUGACUGUGGUGAUGGCUAGUGAAGGCUAUCCAGGAAGCUAUGCCAAAGGUUUGGAAAUAACAGGAUUUUCUCAGGCUAAAGAGCUAGGCUUGGAGGUGUUCCAUGCAGGUACAGCUGUAAAGGAUGGCAAAGUGGUGACCAACGGAGGCAGAGUCCUUGCAGUGACAGCUAUCAAAAAUGACAUCAUAUCUGCGCUGGAUGAAGCCAACAAAGGAGUAGGAGUAAUUCAGUUCAAAGGGGCCAUUUAUAGGAAGGAUAUUGGUUAUCGGGCUAUAGCUUUCCUUAAACAAUCCAGAGGCCUGACAUAUAAAGACAGUGGUGUAGACAUUGCAGCUGGUAACACCUUGGUUCAGAAAAUUAAACCUUUAGCAGCAGCCACAUCUAGGCCAGGCUGUAAUGCUGAGCUUGGAGGAUUUGCUGGCCUCUUUGACUUGAGAGAAGCUGGAUAUAAAGAUCCAAUUCUGGUAUCUGGAACAGACGGUGUUGGAACAAAGCUCAAGGUAGUGAGAAGAAAGAUUGCCCAGCUGUGCAAAAAGCACGACACAAUUGGUCAGGACUUGGUUGCCAUGUGUGUCAAUGACAUCCUAGCUCAGGGAGCAGAGCCCCUCUUCUUCCUUGACUAUUUUGCCUGCGGGAAACUGGAUGUUGGGAUGACUCAGGCUAUCAUAGCUGGAAUAGCUCAAGCUUGUAAAUUGGCAGGAUGUGCUCUACUGGGAGGUGAAACUGCCGAAAUGCCUGGCAUGUAUCCACCUGGAGAGUAUGACCUUGGCGGCUUUGCAGUUGGUGCUGUGGAACGGGGACAGAUGCUCCCGCAGUUAGACAGAAUUGUGGAUGGGGAUCUAGUAAUUGGAAUUGCUUCCUCUGGCAUUCACAGCAAUGGGUUUAGCCUUGUGAGAAAAAUAGUUGAAAAGUCAUCUUUGGAUUUUUCCUCUCCUUCAGUGGGUGGCUCUGGUAAACAGACACUGGGACAACAACUGCUGAUGCCUACUAAAAUCUACAGCAAGCUUCUGUUGCCAAUCCUUCGGUCAGGUUCCAUAAAGGCAUAUGCCCAUAUCACUGGAGGAGGGUUGCUGGAAAAUAUUCCACGUGUCCUCCCAGCAUCAUUUGGUGUAGUUUUAGAUGCCUUGAGUUGGAAGAUACCGGACAUCUUUUCUUGGCUCCAAAAAGAGGGAAAUCUAUCAGAAGAGGAAAUGGCUCGAACAUUUAAUUGUGGGAUUGGUGCAGUCUUGGUUGUGCAGAAGGAGCUGGCUGGGCAGGUUUUGAAGGACAUCCAGAGGCAUGAAGAUGCAUGGUUGAUUGGGAAAGUUGUAUGCCAUCAAGCAGGAUCUGCCCAUGUUGAAGUCAAUAACUUGCUUCAGGCAUUACAGGCAAAUAGACUACAGUCCUUCCACAGCCAACGAAGCAAAACCCAACCAAGGAAAACAAGGGUGGCUGUCCUCAUCUCUGGGACAGGUACAAAUCUGGAAGCUUUAAUAACCAGCACCAAGAAGCCAACUAGCCAUGCAGAAAUAGUUCUUGUCAUUUCUAACAAAGCUGGUGUGGAAGGGCUCAAAAAAGCUGAAAGAGCUGGUAUUCCUACAAAAGUAAUUGACCACAAGUUGUAUAGUAGUCGUAUGGAGUUUGACAGUGCAGUCGAUAAAGUCCUUGAAGAAUUCUCAACUGAACUGAUCUGUCUUGCGGGAUUUAUGCGGAUUUUAUCUGCUCCUUUUGUCAGAAAGUGGGAUGGAAAAAUACUGAAUAUUCAUCCUUCUUUGCUGCCUUCAUUUAAAGGAGCACAUGCUCAUAGACUGGUAUUGGAGGCUGGAGUCAGAAUCACUGGUUGCACUGUGCACUUCGUUGCUGAAGAAGUUGAUGCUGGAGCCAUAAUUUUCCAAGAGGCAGUUCCAGUGAAGAUUGGAGACACAGAAGAGACACUGUCAGAAAGGGUGAAGGAAGCAGAGCACAGAGCCUUCCCUGCUGCCAUGCAAUUGGUGGCAAGUGGAGCAGUAUGCUUAGGUGGAGAUGGGAAGCUAUGCUGGAAUGCAGAAAAAACCCCAUGAAAUGCAGAGGUCAAGAAAUAGCAGUAACUGAUUCAUAUUUCUGUUUAAUUAUUUAAUGCAGAGCAGCAGGAUUUUAAAGUCUUGAUCAAGCCAAAUAAGAAUGCCAAUAGAGCCAAACUGAGAAGGGAAUGGAUGUGCUCUCUCUAAUAUUCAAGCACUUUGACCAUGUUCUGGCUACCGGGUCUGCAUUGACUCAGGUCAUUUGUGCAAUUAAUGCAAGCUCACCCAUAUCUUUGAGGGUCUUUGAAAGUGCGUUACAACUUCCCAAAGCUAUGUGGGGAACCACUUCACCCAAACAGCCAUGUGCUCGGUGGUGCAUGUCGUAUGGUUCAGCAUCAGCUGGUCAACCACAUGGCAGAAUCCAUGUUUCAAUCAAGGCUAUUACUCAGUCCCUUCACAACUCUUCGUGGUGACAAUAUUAAUAAAUUUAAGCAUUUGAACAGCAGCCUUAUCCGUGUUUCUGCUAAAUAUCUAGCCAAUUCAGAAUCAUUUUGUUUUCUUAGCCAUAGCACCGGUGAUAUUUUUUUGAUAAUCCCCUGUGAAAUACUUCAAAGGUGGUGUCAUUACCUCGGCUGUAUUUAGCUAUUCAUAGCGCUGCAAUCUGUUUCCCCCAUCUACUUUUCUAAAUAUAUUAUACUAUGAAAUAUAUCUGAGUGUAUGACAGCUUAGCUCAUUGUCUUAUGGGAUAACUCUGGGAUAUCUUUAUCAUGAGUGGUCAGCACAAUUGAGUAUGUAUUGAAACUGCCUUAACUCCUGUUGGAAAGCCAAACCAGAACUGGGUACCUAUACAUUCCAUGUGCCUUUCAAAGAGCAUCUGAGUCUUCUAAAGAGAAUAAAUAUUUCCAGUAUGACUUUUUUUGUUAUUUACCAACAUGAUCAGUGUUAAAAUGCCCAUACCCCACCGUACUGAUACAUUCCUGUUUUAUAUUAAAAUGUUUUGUGAUCUCAAUUCUAAUAAAACUUUUCAGCAGUA